UCGGUGCCGCCCGCUCCCGGCCCGCCCCCUAUGGGCCCCGGCUAGAGACGCCGCCGCCGCCGGCCCGCGGAGCCCCGAUGCUGGCCCGGAGGAAGCCGGUGCUGCCGGCGCUCACCAUCAACCCCGCCAUCGCCGAGGGCCCGUCCCCCACUAGUGAGGGCGCCUCCGAAGCACACCUGGUGGACCUCCAGAAGAAGCUAGAGGAGCUAGAGCUUGACGAGCAGCAGAAGAAGCGGCUAGAAGCCUUCCUUACCCAGAAGGCCAAAGUCGGCGAACUCAAGGACGAUGACUUCGAACGGAUCUCCGAGCUGGGAGCCGGCAAUGGCGGAGUGGUCACCAAGGUCCAGCACAGACCCUCGGGCCUCAUCAUGGCCAGAAAGCUGAUCCACCUGGAGAUCAAGCCGGCCAUCCGGAACCAGAUCAUUCGAGAGCUACAAGUGUUGCACGAGUGCAACUCCCCAUACAUCGUGGGCUUCUACGGGGCCUUCUACAGCGACGGCGAGAUCAGCAUCUGCAUGGAGCACAUGGAUGGCGGCUCCCUGGACCAGGUGUUGAAAGAAGCCAAGAGAAUCCCCGAAGAGAUCCUGGGCAAGGUCAGCAUCGCGGUUCUGCGGGGCCUGGCAUACCUCCGGGAGAAACACCAGAUCAUGCACCGAGACGUGAAGCCAUCCAACAUCCUCGUCAACUCCCGAGGGGAGAUCAAGCUGUGUGACUUCGGGGUGAGCGGCCAGCUCAUCGACUCCAUGGCCAACUCCUUCGUGGGGACGCGGUCCUACAUGUCUCCGGAGCGGCUACAAGGCACCCACUACUCGGUGCAGUCAGACAUCUGGAGCAUGGGCCUGUCCCUGGUGGAACUGUCCAUCGGAAGGUACCCCAUCCCCCCGCCGGAUGCCAAGGAGCUGGAGGCCAUAUUUGGCCGGCCCAUGGUCGAUGGUGCGGAAGGAGAACCUCCCAGCAUCUCGCCGCGGCCGAGGCCCCCCGGACGCCCCAUCAGCGGUCACGGGAUGGACAGCCGGCCGGCCAUGGCGAUCUUUGAGCUGCUGGACUACAUCGUGAACGAGCCUCCUCCCAAGCUGCCCAACGGUGUGUUCACCCAGGACUUCCAGGAGUUUGUAAAUAAAUGCCUAAUUAAGAACCCAGCUGAGCGAGCAGACCUGAAGAUGCUCAUGAACCACACCUUCAUCAAGCGGUCCGAGGUGGAAGAAGUGGAUUUUGCUGGCUGGUUGUGUAAAACACUGCGGCUAAACCAGCCCAGCACGCCCACACGCACCGCCGUGUGACGGUGGUCCUGCUGCCGCCACCCCACCCGCCCCUCCUGCCAUGCCCUCCGAGGGGACGCACAUGUGGCCCUCAGGCCCAGGGAGGCCGAUACUGCUGUGCUGUCUUCUCAGAUCCUGCUUCCUUAGGUUUAAAGAAAAAAGAAAAAAAAAAAACAAAACAGGGAAAGAAAAAGUAAAUGUGCCAGUUGUGCUUCUUGUUCCUUGUUCUUGGGGUCUGGAUCCCUGUCCAACCAGGGUGGACGCCUCUACCAGGGUCAACCUGGGCUCCACCAGGCCCAACCCCCAGGAGAUGGAGAUGGUUUUGGGCACUGGCUUUGCUCCUUUCCAAGCUGUGAGGCCUCGGAGCAGCCCCCAGAGAGGGGGUGCCAUCUUGGGGUGGAUGUGUGCCCCUCGCCUGGCGUCUGUCCCUUGGAGGUGGUCCCCCCAGCCCAGAAGAACAGUCGGGUCCCCAAUGGCUGUCAUGGGAUCCUCUUCCCAAGCUUCUCCUGCCUCUGGCUGCACAGCCUGUCCUUGGCAGAAUGUGACCUGCCCCCCAGGAGGUACCCACCUGUCCCCUCCUGUGCUUCGGGGAGCAGACUCUCCUGACAGCAGCCUGAGCUGACACUCGCUCGACAGAAAGGAAGCCUUGGGUUUCCAAGCUGUCGUGUGGUUGAAACCCCAGCAGAUUGUGCAGAUAAGGCCGCUCCCCCCACGCCUGCCACCCGACAGAUGUGGGCGGGCGGCUCUGUGUCACCUCUACUCGCCCAGCAAAUCAGAAGUGACCACAUGGGGCACGUCACUCUUGGGGCCUUGAACUGUCCAGCCGGCGGCUGUGAGGUUGUCCUGGCUCCCACUGUCCAUUGGGGUGCCCAGCCAGGCCCCCUGCCAUGGUCUGCGUGAGGCUUGAAGCUGACACCCAGCCUUUCCACCUUCAGGGCUGUCCCUCCUCUGAUGGUGGAGGCCGCCUCUGAGCCAUCGGCGGUAGGAAGUGGUGGAGGGCAGGGCCUCUUCUAAGGCUUCCCCUCCUCCCAGCUCUGCGAAGAUGAAGCUCUGAGCCUCCCCCCAACCCCAAUACUUCCUGAAGGCUUGAAACAAGUUGAUAUUUAUCUGUGAUAAGUUUCAGAGGAAGGUUCUCCGAGGGCAACGGGCCUGGGGUGAGCCACACCGGCCCUGCAUUUCUAGAGAGGGGGCUGCAGAAGAUGGGGGCAUGUGGCCCUGUGGGAGCUGCUGGAUCCUUUCUUCUCUGGGAGACCCUGCUAGUCUCUUGUGUGUUUUUUUCCCCCGCUCUGUGGUCACCAAAGAGAAGACAAAUUGGUAGCUCUUCCAACCAGGUUUCUGCCACUUCAUGGUUGCCUCUGAAAUCUCACCUAAUUUAGAAAAGAAUAAAAAAGAUAACUAAAA